UAUAAAGUGAAGAAUGCGCGAAGAAGAAACCGUCAAGCAAUAUGAUGUGCCACUCCGCGAGUAUCGUAUGCUCGCCGCGACAACUGAAGUCGACUAUCCAUAUUUUCCAUUCCGAAUCUCCAUCGAUUUUGUGCUGGUUCAUAAUGCAGCCGAAUCUCGCUCAAAAGGAAAAUAUCGUGAAUUUUUCGAAAAAGCUGUUCAAAAAGAAGGACUUAUCAUUCGACACCAACAAUCCGGGCAGACUCAUUUCACAUUGAUCUCCACACCUUUUCACAGAUUGACAAGAGAGGCUGAAAUGUCACAAAUGUGUUUUCCACUGAAAGAUUGUCAAGUCAAACCGGGACUCCCGUCAUGUUGUAUUCCACUAUCUCAAAUAUUUGUAACUGAUGACACAGUUCGAUUCAUCAAUGCUCCAUUUCAAAGGAAACAUGGUUCACUGUUUCUGAAUUAUCACGAUGAGAAAUCAUUUUUCACUUCUUCUCAAAGAGGUUAUUUGACGUAUCAGAUCCUAACAAAAAUCGACAUUAGCAAAGAUCUGAAAGGUGAAAGACUUGGAGAAUCACAAGAUGAGCCAACGGAUCCAUCAACUUCUUCAAUUACUUCUGAUGAACAAUUGAGAAGAAAAGGACUCUCGUGGCUUUUGAUGAGUGAUGUUUAUGAAGAAGCUUUUGUGCUACAUGCUCCGAGUAAAGAAGAACCGUACUUCAAAGCAAUGCAAAACGGUAGUGUGAAGGCUUACAAUGAGUUUAUUUCUGAAAUUGAGUUGGAUCCAAGACGAAGUUUGAGCUUGAAUUGGGAACGCUGGUACAAAUUCCAACCUCUCAACAAAAUUCGUGACUACUUUGGUGAACAAAUCGCGUAUUAUUUUGCAUGGCAAGGUACAUUCCUCACUUUACUUUGGCCUGCCGUCAUAUUUGGAUUAGUGGUUUUUAUUUACGGGUUUAUUGAUAGCAUAAGCAGUGCUCCUCUUGACUGGAAUCAUUGUAAGGUUGUGAAUUUUAUCGGACAGACUGAAAAUGUUGCUUGCGGGAUGAGGAAUGGAGUUACACUCUUCUUUUCAAUGGUUACCCAGUGGUUUAUGAGCUCUUUCGACACGAAAAUGAAUGCAUUCUUCGCAGUAUUUAUGUCAAUUUGGGGAAGUGUUUUUGUGCAAAUCUGGAAGCGAAAUAAUUCAGUUCUAUCAUAUCAGUGGAAUUCGGAUGAUUUCCAUGCAAUUGAACCAGAUCGUCCGGAGUUUAGAGGUUCUAAAGUUAAAGAGGAUCCUAUAACAGGAGAAGACAUCUGGAUAUCUCCGGCACUUGCCCGUUACAUAAAAAUGCUUGCAUCAUUUGUCUUCGUCUCCUUCUCCAUGCUAGUUGUCGUGAUAUCUCUAAUGCUCGUCACCUUACUCAAAAUCUGGAUGGUAUACAACUUUCAAUGCACCAAAGAAUAUACGUUUCAUUGUUGGUUGUCUGCUGCAUUUCUACCUUCAAUCCUUAACACGUUAUCCGCAAUGGGUCUUGGCGCAAUCUACAGUAACCUGGUUUCAAGGCUGAAUUCAUGGGAGAAUCAUAGAACUGAAUCCGAGCAUAACAAUAGUUUGAUUGUGAAGAUUUUCGCUUUUCAAAUGGUCAAUACAUACACCUCGUUGUUCUACGUGGCAUUUAUUAGACCUGAGAGUCAUGGUCUCCAGCCAAACGGGCUCUUUGGGCUUGGAACCGAAUUUAAGGAUACUUGUCUUGAUGAUACUUGUAGUUCAUUGCUAGCUCUUCAGUUACUAACUCACACAUUGAUAAAACCGUUUCCCAAAUUUUUCAAGGAUGUUGUCUUGCCAUACUUCGUUAAACUCUUCCGCCUUCGAAUGUACACCAGCCGAACUGAAGCAAGAGUUGAAAUUGAAGAUGAUGAUCAGGCUAAUGUUUUAGUGAGAGAAUGGCUCAAGCCAAGUGCCGGUGACUUUGUGCUAUGGGAGAUGAAUGAAAAGAUUAUAUUGUUUGGUACAACUAUGAUGUUUGCAUCGUUAUUUCCGUUAGCACCACUUCUAGCUUUGAUUAUCGGAUUUGUUGAUAUGAGAAUUGACGCACAUCGUUUGAUAUGGUUUAACAGAAAACCCAUUCCAAUUAUUACAAAUGGCAUUGGAAUUUGGCUUCCAAUUCUCACUUUUCUCCAAUAUUGUGCAGUAUUCACAAAUGCUUUUAUUGUUGCCUUCACUUCUGGAUUCUGCUCUACAUUUUUGGCCGAUGGAGCUUAUUGCACUGUUCAAAAUCGACUUAUCAUUGUUAUCGUUUUCCAGAAUCUCGUAUUUGGUCUCAAGUAUCUAUUAUCCAGUGUUAUUCCAUCAAUUCCUGCUUCAAUAAAAUUGGCGUUAAGGAAGAAACGCUACGUGGUUGCUCAUAUCGUUGAAAAAGGAGAUGUUCCACACAGAACUCGAAUAAAAAAACGAACGAGAAUUGCAAAACUUGCAUGGAUCGCUUCAAAUCAGAAAAUGAUAAAGAGUAAUAGAAAGAAGGAGAAGUCGAAUAAGAAACAGUUAUUGGCUGAAGUUGAAGAAAUUUGAUUUUUGUUUGUUUUUUUUUUGGAUUCAAAAUCUGUUCAUUUCUGUUUCUACAUUGUUUUCUGUAUCAUAAACUACGGUGUUC